GAACGUUAUGGCAACAUGACCCGGGUGUAUUACAGAGAAGCUGUGGGAGCUCUGGUGGUUUUCGACAUGACGAGGCUGUCCACGUUCCAGGCUGUCCUCAAGUGGAAAGGAGAUCUGGAUUCAAAGGUCACCCUGAGCAAUGGAAGGCCAGUUCCAGCGGUUCUGUUGACCAACAAAUGUGACCAGCGUAGUCAUGGUUUGUGUCCCAAACUUCCCAAAUUGGACAGCUUCUACCAGGAGCACGGGUUUGUUGGCUGCUUCGAAACCUCUGCCAAGGAUGACGCAAACGUUGAUGCCAUCACGUGUUUGGUGAAGACCAUCAUAGCUGCAGAGGAGGAGAAAUCAACGAUUGACACUGCCAGAAGUGACGUUAUUAUUCUCUCUCGCUUCGACUGUGACAAGAAGGAGAAGGGACUGAGUGGGUGUUCAGGAUGCCCCCAAGUAAACCCCAAAACCGAGGAAAUUACUAAAAACAGAUUAUGGAUCUGAUUAUCAGUGGCAGAUUUAGCAAUUUGGGGUCCAAGGCGAACACAGACAUGGGGCCCCUUACACAAAAUUUUUGACAAUCUUAUCUUUAACUGGAUUUGCGAAACUCUCCCCUCUUCUGACAUGAGUUUUUUUCUCUUUUUAUUAGUCCUCCUCUUUUUUCCUGUAUUUCCCGCCCUUUGAGCGCUUUUAAUAUUUGCUCUGCUUUCUUUUUCCUGUCAGGGCUCCUGUGCUUUAGCCUUAGUUUUUUUUUUUCAAUUUUCCAUUUUGGUCUAUGUUUUCCUCCCCUUAACCAUUUUCCAUUGUUUUUCCUUUCUGCUUCCUUUUGAUGUUUACAUCGAAAAACAACGUCACUUUCAGAAGUGAAAAUAAAAGCUUUUAUGAAGCAA